AUGAGAGGUAAACGCUCAAAACAAUACCGCAAACUGCUCAAGCAGUUCGAGCUCGCAUUCGGCUUCCGCCAGCCCUAUCAGGUCCUCGUCGAUGCCGAACUCGUCAAGGAUGCCCACCGCUUCGCCAUGGACCUGCCGCAGUACCUCUCCAACACCCUGCACGGCGAGGUCAAGAUCCUGAUCACGCAGUGCUCGAUGCGCCACCUGUACGCGCAGAACAAGGAGCCCGGCGUGGCCAGGGUCAUCGACAAGGCAAAGGACUACGAGCGCCGGCGGUGCGGCCACCACCCGGAGGAGUUCCCGGAGCCCUGCUCCACGCUUGAGUGCCUGGGCGGCGUCGUCGGCCCCAAGAACAAGCACCGCUACGUCGUCGCCAGCCAGGACCCGGAGGUCAGGGCCAAGAUGAGGGGGAUCCCCGGCGUGCCGCUGGUGUAUAUCAGCCGGUCGGUCAUGAUUCUCGAGCCCAUGGCCGGAGCAACAACGAGGGUAGUCCAGAAGGGCGAGAGGGCCAAGUUCCGCGCGGAGCUGAAGCAGUCCGACCCAGCACCCGGGGAGAAGAGGAAACGAGGGGACGGCGACGAUAGCGAGGGGAGCGACGACGACGACGCAGCAGAAAAGAAGGACGAGGAGCCAAAGAAGAAGAAAAAGAAGAGGAAGGGCGAGAAGGGUCCGAACCCAUUGUCGGUGAAGAAGCCGAAGAAGAAGCCACAAGAGCAGCAGGAGAGCGGCUCAAAACCAAAACAGGAAGAGAAGCCCAAGGACGACGCAUUAUCAGAGCAGCCUGCCAAGAAGAAGCGGAAACGGAGGAGCAGGAAGGCAGAGGGUGGUGCGGAUGGGGGCGAGCCACAGGGCGCAACGUCGGGCACGGCUGAGGUACAAGACACUGCGUCACUCGGGGCCGAGGAUUAG